UAUUCACCGGAUCGCUUUGGGGAAAUUAACGCAUACUAACACUACCCCAGAAAAAGAAUGUGGAGUGGCUACUCUGCUAGCUUGGUCGUCGUCUUCUUCCUUGUAGUGGCGGCGUUGUUCAAUCUCAGCUGCCAUAGCCGCCAUGUAGAAGCUGCAGCUUCACCUGUCAAGUUUCUUCCUGGCUUUGAUGGUCCUCUUCCUUUUCAUCUGGAAACUGGGUACAUAGGCGUGGGAGAGAAUGAAGAAGUGCAAUUAUUUUAUUAUUUCAUAAAGUCGGAUUCAAAUCCAGAAGAAGACCCUCUAAUUCUUUGGAUUACAGGAGGCCCUGGCUGCUCUCCAUUACGUGCUAUCAUUCAAGAAAUUGGACCAUUGCUUAUUGAACCAGUGGAGUAUAAUGGGAGCUUGCCCAGGUUGCUACCAUUUCCCUAUUCAUGGACUAAGGUAGCUAGUUUUAUAUUCUUGGAUUUGCCUGUCGGUACUGGAUUUUCAUAUGCUACAACUUCAAAUGGUGCUCAAUCUGAUAAUUUUUUGACGGGUAGCAAUGCAUAUGAAUUUCUUCAAAAGUGGCUCGUUGAUUAUCCAGAAUUCCUUUCUAAUCCUUUUUACGUUGGAGGGGACUCGUACUCUGGCAUUACAGUUCCAAUAGUUACUGAAAUGAUAUCUAAUGGUAAUGAGAGAGGAAUUAAGCCAUUUAUCCAACUUAAGGGGUACAUAGUUGGCAAUGGGUUAACCUUUCCAGAUGAAGGAAACUAUAAAAUUCCCUUUGCUCAUAGAAUGGCUCUUAUUUCAGACGAGCUAUACGAGUCCUUAAAAACAAAUUGCAAAGGAGAGUAUUUGGACAUUGAUCCCACUAAUUUAUUAUGUCAACAAGAUCUUCAAAUCUUUAAUCAGUUGAUUGAGGGAAUAUAUCCUAAUAAUAUUCUGGAGCCUAUUUGUUUGUCUGAUGAUUCUUCAACAUUAUCGUCUCUUAUUAUGUUGAAUGGACAAAGAAGGUUUCUUUACGAUAAGCAUCAAAAGCUCAAGAAUCCUGAUUUACUUCCUGGAUUAAAAUGUCGGGAUGAUUGGAACAAACUAUCUGGAUAUUGGGCCAAUGAUUAUCGUGCACGAGAGGCCCUUCAUGUCCGUAAGGGGACUAAGGGAGAAUGGGAGCAUUGCACUUCAAAUUUACCAUUCGCAAUGAUAAUCAAUAACACUAUUCCAUAUCAUGCAAGACUCAGCAAAAAAGGUUAUAGGUCUCUUGUCUACAGCGGUGAUCAUGACAUGCUUAUUACGUAUCUUUCGACACAAGCAUGGAUAAAGUUGUUAAAUUACACUAUUGUUGAUGAUUGGAGGCCAUGGAUGGUUGAAGGUCAAGUUGCAGGGUAUACAAGGACAUAUGCUAAUCGAAUGACAUUCGCUACUGUCAAGGGAGGUGGUCAUACUGCACCUGAGUUUCGCCCUUUAGAAUGCCAAGCUAUGUUUGAACGAUGGAUAUCUUAUAAAGAUCUUUAGUAAGGUCCAAAGUAUGGAAUACUAAAUUUAUUAUAAUUAAUGACUAAAAUUCAUAAAAUUAGUGUGUUAUGAAUUUAACAAUAAAAUGUAAUGGAAUAAAUGUUAUUUUAGG